CUCACAUAUUUUGUUUCUAGUAUUAAAGAUUCAAAAUAUUUUUGAUCAUGAUGGAGAGCAAUGCAGGCUUCAAUUUAACAUCUAACAGCACUGCUGUGGGUUCAGAGAAGAUCGCUCCUGCUGUAGUUCUGGGUUUGUGCUGUUUAGUUGGUUUGCCAAGCAACAUUGUGGUAAUCAUCAGCAUUGCUCGUGAGUGGAACAAAAAUUUGAGCUUCACCUUAAAACUAAUGCUAAACCUUGCGGUCUCUGAUGCUUUGACCCUUUGCUUGGCUCCUUUUGUGCUGUAUGGAAUACUGUUUGGAUGGAAAUUCGGCCUUUGGUCUUGUAAGUGCCUGUUUUUUUGGGGUAACUCGAGUCUGUAUGUUGCAGUUUUGACUAUUACAUCCAUGAGCGUGCACCGCUAUCACAAUGUCAUCAAGUCGAGAGUCACUAACAGGAUGAUACUUCAGAGACUGGAAAGACGGCACAGGUGCCUUCAGCUGACUGGCAUCUGGAUUCUAGCUUUUGUCUUUGCCCUACCAGUCAUUUUUACUCAAGGACUCAAAGACAAGAAUGGAUUGUUAAGAUGUCAGAGGACAAUGAAAUCACAGUCUGUAGUGACUGUUUUGCUUUUUGAGAUCCUGUUGGGGUUUAUCAUUCCAUUUUGUAUAAUGUUGACAUGUUACCUAUGGUUGGACAAAGGGUUGAGACAAAAAGCCAAGAGCUCCAGUCUAAUUAGAGCUCCACAGGACCAGGAACCCAGAAACCAGGGGACAAAUGUUCGGACUUACAAGAAGAGGCUUGUGAUCAGCAUCGUUGUGGCUUUCUUUCUGUUUUGGACUCCUGUGCACAUUAUCAAUGUGAUUGAUAUAGUCACUACUCUGACUAAAACAUCUCAUCCAGAUGUUCAUUCCCAACUGAAGACCUUCCGCCAAGUAUAUGGUGAUGCAAGUAAGACUCUGGCUUUGCUGAACUGUUGUCUGAAUCCUUUUCUCUAUGCCAUCUCUUCACAGAAUCUUAUGAAAUGUUUCAGAAUGAGAUAAUUCAAAAAUUCUAAAUUAUUUGCAGUCAGUUAUGCUUUGAAAACUUAAGAAAAAUGGUUCUAAACAGUACCAAAUUAGAGUUCUUUGGUUUGUAACAAUAGAACCCUUUUUAUAAUGUUCCAUAAAGAACCAUGCUUUGAAAGUGCUAUACUGUAUACUGCAGGACAUUCAUAGUGUUAUAUAACUUUUUAAUGAUGUUUAUUUUUAUUAAUAUAACUUUUAUUAGUCUUACAUCUUGUAGGUACUUUUAUUUUUAUUGAUGUGAAAAUGACAGUGCUCUAAUUCAUAAAUGGCAAAUGACAUUGAUCAUGAAUAAAUACUUCAAGAAGUAAAACACAACAUAGAAGCAGGAAAUAGUAAUGAAGACCAAGUUCCACUGAAAUAUCUUCACAAUUCUCUUUGAUGCCUUUUAGUCAAUUAUUUUAUGUGUGUGUGUAUACACACACACACACACACACACACACACACACACACACUAUAUAUAUAGGUGUGAUUAUUUGGCAGUUUCUCUAUGCAGAUGAAGUUGUAGGAUGUAAGCAUCUGUUUGAAUUUAGAGCAACAGUGUGUUCCUUCCAUUUAUAUAAAAGCAAUUAUGUUUAUGAAGGCUACAAGUAAAAAAUGGACUGUAUGUGAGCCCUUCACAAAAAAGUGAGAAAAUUCAUGGGAUAGUUGUAUUGUUUUUGUUGUGACUGGGUAUGUUUAUGCAUAAACUCAAGUAAUAAAAAAAAAAUCUAACAAUAUGGAUUAUAAAUUCAAUAUCUGUUAAUUACUUAAUGAAGAAAAGGACAGAAGUAUCCUUGACUGAACAAAGCUGGUCAUAGUUACAUGUUUUAUAAACAAUAAAAUAAGACAAUGAUAUGAUUGGUAGGAAACCAAUUAUAAUUUGAAAGUUAAAAUAUAUAGACAUUUGAAAAAAGGUGUGUGUGUGUGUGUGUGUG